AUGAGUCCGCUGAAUAUCCUCGAUGCUGGUGCAGAUAUCGUCACUGUAGGAAGGAUUCUCCCUUCGGCAUACGACAAACUCAGGAACAAGUUGCCGCAUGAGAGGCUGAUGAAAGGUGAAAUCUACCAAGACGGUACACUCGAUUACCUAGAGGCCAGCCAGGACAAAAUAUUACCUACGGAAUAUGCAACUCUCCACGACAGGUACAUCACCGCAGAGAAAGCGCGCGAGACCCUUGGUGCACCGAUGUUUCUCGGAUCCUUUCAACACCGGAAGGAGAUCGCUCAAUGGAAGAGCGAUGUGAGAACUUAA